ACGCGUUCGCAACCGAAAAAAGUGCCAAGGAACAGCGCCCGGUUCGCAUGGCAGCUAUCUAUAUAAGUAUUUCGAGUGCUCGGGCUAUCGACGGUUAUAUUAAAGCUAUAUAAAUAUAUACAUAUAUGUGCUGGUCUUUGUACAUGAAUGUGAUUCGAGUGAAAAAUUGAAAACUGCGUGGAUCGCAUGGGUGAUAUAAAGAAGUAUCCCGUGAGAAAGGAGCAGUUGAUCUAAGUGAAACGAUAUUUCCGGAGUGUUUUGCAUUUGAAAUCGACUGGGAAGAUUUAUGGGAAGUGCGCCGCCAUUUAGCAAGAAGAAAACUAUGCUAUUUAUAAAACACAGCCAAUUUCUGUGGCCGUAAAUGUUUUGUAUAAAGUGAAUAUUCCAAAAUUAAAUCAUCCAAGGCAACAGUGCUUGUGUGAGUGAUCGAAAGUGAACGAAAGGCUUCGGGGACUCUCGAUCCCUGUGAAUCUCUAUACCUAUGCUCCAAAAUCCGUGGCCAAACGCACUGAAUCCCGCCGGUUACGCAACCAUCUACAUCUAGAUCCACUUCCACAUCCAAGAGGCUGGCCCCAUUCCCCGUCGUCCAGCCGCAAAAUAUUCUAAAUGCGGAAGUAUUUCGUAAAAAGAAAAGCUGAUAAGUUGUACGAGAACAGAUGCAUCAUCUGUACCCAUCGCUGAAAGGCGACCAGCUGUGCCCACUCGGCUUUCAUCCCCAGACUCGGUAUCCCACGCGAUGUAAGCGCUGCUUCCGGGAUUACAAGGAGCAUGGAGCCCGUAGAGCUGGCGAAGAGGUGGCCGCCUCCUCGCCCAACCUCUCCGAUGCCCAGAGUUCUCGACCCUCUUCGCGGACGUGGACGUCAACUCAAAAUCUUACCAGCGCACAAGCAACUAAUGGCAAUGAUAUAGUUGUCCACUUCAAUGUAGAGCUGAAGAAGCGUCCGCAGUCAUGGGCCUCCACGCCGGACAUCGACGAGCCGGACAAUGUCGCUCGCCGACCGCCGGCAGCGGCGUCCACCAGUCGAGCAGCAUCCUCCGCCGAGGAUCACGAUGUGGCAGUCACUCUGAAGCUGCCGGUCCCACCGCGACGCCACACCACCGCCUUGGACAUCAAGGAGGUGGAACACGCCUUAACACCGCCAACCCGUGUCACAUCCUCACCCAGUAAAACUUCAAGUAUUCCAGAUGAGUUAGUCAUCCUAUCGACAGACAGUCUAGCAGAGCGUGUCCGCAAAAUGAAUCUUCUUAAGAAGCAGCGCAGUCUCAACUCCCGUGAAAACAGUCGGGAGCGAUCAGUUCCACGGAGGGAAGAAGAAAGCGAGUCGUCAGCUACACCCACACCAGUGGUACCCGAUCGCCCGGAAAGGAGCAAGUCGGGUACUUCCUUGAACCAAUUGCCCCCAGCCGAGCAGAAGCGAGCCGCCCUGCCGCCGAAGAAAGUGGCGGUGGCAUCCACCACGACAUCGUCCAGCAGCAGUAGCAGCACCUCUCUGAAAACCUCCAAUUCCACUUCCGUCAGCAAUGAGGUGAAGGUCGAGUCCACGUCCAGUUCGUCGACGAGCUCCAGCUCGGUUCGUCGAAAGGAGGCGGAUGCAGUGGCCAGCAAAGAAAUCAAAAGACAAACCGUUCCCGCUGCAUCGACAUCCCACUCCAGCAGUAGCUCCAUCAGUAGCACUCCAUCCAAGACACAGGACUCACAUGGCAUGCAGGAGCAGAUGAAGACGCUGAAACUGGAGCUGGAGACGAUGAAGACACGGGCAGAAAAGGCGGAGCGCGAAAAGAGUGAUAUUCUUCUGCGACGCCUGGCCUCCAUGGAUACCGCCUCCAAUCGGACCGCAGCCUCGGAAGCACUUAAUCUCCAGCAGAAGCUGAACGAAAUGAAGGAUCAGCUGGACCGGGUAUCGGAGGACAAGCGCAGGCUUAACCUGCGGAUGAAGGAGCUGGAGAACAAGGGCAGCGAGUCCGAGCUGCGACGAAAGCUGCAGGCCGCCGAGCAAAUCUGCGAGGAGCUGAUGGAGGAGAACCAGAGCGCCAAGAAGGAGAUUCUCAACCUGCAAGCCGAAAUGGACGAGGUGCAGGACACCUUCCGCGACGACGAGGUCAAGGCCAAGACCAGUCUGCAGAAGGACCUCGAGAAGGCCACCAAGAACUGUCGCAUUCUCAGCUUCAAGUUGAAGAAGAGUGAUCGCAAGAUCGAAACUCUGGAGCAGGAGCGUCAAAGCUCGUUCAACGCUGAGCUUGCCAAUAAGAUCAAGAAGAUGGAGGAGGAACUCCGAUUCUCCAAUGAACUAACCCGAAAGUUGCAGGCAGAGGCCGAGGAGCUGCGCAAUCCUGGCAAAAAGAAGACACCAAUGCUGGGUGUGCUAGGCAAAUCGACAUCGGCGGAUGCCAAGUUCACCCGAGAGUCCUUGACGCGUGGUGGCUCCCAGGAAGACCCACAGCACUUGCAGCGCGAGCUGCAGGACUCCAUUGAGCGGGAGACAGACUUGAAGGACCAACUUAAGUUCGCCGAAGAGGAGGCUGAACAUUUGAGGAAAAAGGUGACUCGUUUCGAGGAUGAAAAUGAUUCUUUGAUGAUGCAGUUGAAAAAAAUGGCAACGCGCUCACGAAGUCGCAAGCUGAGUCCCACACCGCAUCCUCAUCGCUUGGCUCCCGAGGUCCAUGCUGAUCGCGAUGAGGGAAUCUCCGACGAGGAUGAUCCCGCGGAACUGAGAAUUCUCUUGGAGCUCAACGAACAGGAGGCCUCGAUCCUGAGACUCAAGGUGGAGGAUCUGGAGAAGGAGAACGCCGAGUCCAAGAAGUACGUAAAGGAACUGCAGGCCAAGCUCCGCCAGGACAGCUCCAAUGGCAGCAAGUCCUCGCUGCUCAGUCUCGGGACCUCGUCCAGUGCGGCCGAAAAGAAGGUGAAGACGCUCAACGAAGAGUUGGUGCAGCUUCGCAGGACGCUUGUCGAAAAGGAGCAGGCGGUGGACUCGCUUAAGAGUCAGAUAAGUAAGCUGGACACACUCGAGACCGAGAACGAAAAGUUGGCCAAGGAGAACAAACGCCUGUUGGCGCUGCGGAAGGCGAGCGAGAAGAAUGGGGAGGUGGAUCAAAAGAUGAAGGAGUCCUUGGCCCAAGCUCAACGGGAAAGGGAUGAGCUGACGGCCCGCCUCAAACGGAUGCAGCUGGAGGCGGAGGACAAGCUGCCAUCUCGCACUGCCAAGAGGGUCAACGACCUGACGCCCAAGAGCCAUCUCAAGAAGUGGGUAGAGGAGCUGGAGGACGAGAUCAGCGAGAUGCGUGUCAUGCUCAGCUCCGCCAGUACCGAUCAGCUCAAAGCCCUGCAAUCGGCCAAGGGAUCGCUGGAGGAGGACUUGCGCAAGUGUAAGCAAAAGCUUUCCCUCGCCGAAGGCGAUGUCCAGCGGUUGAAGCUCCUGAACGGAUCCAGCAGCAAGGUCAGCGAGUUGGAACUAAAGCUGAAACGCGGCGAUGAGGAAGCUAAAAAGCUGAACUCUAAGCUGAAGGACUUGGAGGACAAGGUCAAGAAGCAAGAUGCCCAACUGAAGCUGGGCGAAACGAGCAAGUCCACCUGGGAAUCGCAAAGCAAGCGGGAGAAGGAGAAGCUGUCCAGCCUGGAGAAGGACGUGGAAAAACAGACCAAGGAGAAGGAGAAGCUGGAGGCCAAGAUCACCCAACUGGAUGCCGAUCUACUCAGUGCCAAGAAGUCGGCCGAAAAGAGCAAGUCCAGCUUGGAAAAGGAGAUCAAGGAUCUGAAAACCAAGGCCAGCAAAUCGGACAGCAAACAGGUGCAGGAUCUCAAAAAGCAAGUGGAGGAAGUGCAGGCCUCACUGACCGCUGAACAGAAACGGUACGAGGACCUCAACAACCACUGGGAGAAGCUCUCCGAGGAAACAAUCCUAAUGCGUGCCCAACUCACCACCGAGAAGCAGAGUCUCCAGGCCGAACUGAACGCCAACAAGCAGAAGAUCUCCGAAAUGGACACCAUCCGCAUCGAGCGCACCGACAUGGCCCGGAAACUGAAUGAGGCCCAGAAGAAGAUCGCCGAUCUCCAGGCCAAGGCUCUGAAAACGGUCAAUGGCAACGGGGCCGAGUACGAGCGCACCGUCCUCAAGAACAAGCUGGCGGAGAAGGAGCACGAGUACGAGCGCCUGCGCCGCGAGAACGAGAUGAACAUCGACCUGGUCUUCCAGCUGCGCAAGGAUAACGACGAUCUGAAUGGCAAGCUCAGCGACUACAACCGGAUUGAGCAGGCGCAAUCCUCGCUAAAUGGACACGGAGCGAGGCGCGAGGCAGAGAUCAGGGAGCUCAAAGAUCAAUUACAGAGCACUGAACUGCAGAUGAAAUCCGAAGUGGCCACAGUUAGACUUCGCUAUGAGCAACAGGUGAAGAAUCUGAGCGGAGAAUUAACCUCAAUGCAGCGCCAGUGUGAACGUUUCAAGAAGGAUCGCGAUGCCUUCAAACAGAUGCUGGAAGUGGCCCAGAAGAAGAUUGGUGACCUGAAGGCCAACAAUACCGGAAGACAGAGUCGCGGCUCCAUGCACAGCAGUGAUGAUGAUGACAAGAGCAAGAUUGCCUACCUGGAGCAGCAGAUUGGUCACCUGGAGGAUCAGCUGGUCGAGUCGAGGCUGGAGUCCAGCAAGAUAAAAACGGAACUCGUUUCCGAGCGCAGUGCCAACGAGAUCAAGAUAUCGGAGAUGCAGUCGAAGCUCAACGAGUUCGAGGAGGAACGCGUCAUCGGCUCGGGCAGCACCAAAUUGCCGGGCAUGAAGACCAAGCUGGAGCUGUCCUGGCAGAAGGAGCGCGAGGAUCAGCAGCGUCUGCUGCAGGAAACCUCCACUCUGGCCCGAGACUUGCGCCAGACCCUCUUCGAGGUGGAACGGGAGCGAGACAAGGAGCGGCUGGAGUCGAAGCGCAAGCUGGACCAGAUCAAGCGGGCCACCGAGGAGGAAAUGGAGGAGGGUCGCAAGAAGAUCGCCGAGCUGCAGUGCGAUUUGUUGGAGCUCCGGGACGUACACGCAAAGCUGCGAACCUCCAACGAGAAGCUCAGACGAGAGCGUGAACGCUACGAGAAAGAGCUGAUCAAGCGACGCAUGGAGGCAGAUGGCGGAGACCGUAAGGUUGGCGCCCUUCUGCAGACCGUUGACGAGCUGGUGAAGAUAGCUCCCGACCUGAAAAUGGUUGGCAGCGGAGGCUCAGCUCGAACCAGCAGCAGCAACAACUCCGGUUACGACAAGAACUUGCGGCCGGAGCAGCCGAACGUGCGCCGCAGUCGCUCGCCUUCGCCCACCCUGAGCAGUACUCAGAUCACCAGUGUCCUGGCCAGACUGGCAGAAGCCUCGGAGGAGCUGCGCAAGUUCCAGCGGGUAAACGAGGACGAGCAGGAGCGCAGCCGGAUGAGGAGGAGCAAUCUACGUCGGGCUGCUUCGCAGGAGAACGAUCCGCAUGGCAGCACCAGUUCGGUGGCAAGUGCAGCAGGAUCGCAGCGGGGCGGUGGACGUUUGUCCCGGAACUCCUCCAACAAUGGCAGUCUGAUUCGGAAGAGCCUCUCACUGGAUCACUCCAUACAAAGAGAUCAGAAUAUUUGGCGCCAGGACGAUGGCAGCGUGUCCUCAAUGCAAUCCAUAGACUCUGAACUGGGUGGCCUGGUCAGGGACUCCAGCUUGGACUCACGCCUGGACUCGCGGCUAUCCGGUGGUUCCACCCAGAGCGACUUACCUCGAGGACCUCGCAAGAAGAAGAAGGGCAUCAUGGGCAAGCUGCGCAGCCUGACCAAAAGCAGUCGCAAUUCCGAGAGUGAAAUUUCAAUUCAAGGAUCAGACUCGGACAUCAGCGUUGCCAGCGACAUGAGGUCGAGCAAGAAGGAUCUUCGCGGCCGGCUCUCCGGCAUGUUCAAGCGCUCCGGAUCCGCCUCUCGCAGCGAGAGCAUGGAACGUGCCGGAUCCGACCAGCGACCCGUUGCCGUCACCGUAGUUGGACAUCCCGAUGGACCGCAACCUCGCGAGCCGCCGCCUGCCAAUUCCCUUACGCCCAGACCCAUACGUUCUAUCCCCAAGCCACCGAGCGCCGGAGCACCCACCACACCAACCACAAGACGACGCGUAGCCAAGUAGUCACCAUCGGUUAAUAGGUUUCAAUUUCAUAGGAUUCAUUCUAAUCGUAGCUGUAGAUGUUCGAAUAACCCUCGCUCUCAUUGGCUGCCGAAUUGCAAUUUUGUCUCAUGCCAAGUCAUCAUAAUUAUUUGUUGUUUUUAAAUAGUUUAAUACAUUUUUAUUUGAACACUCCGCCGAAAUAAAGUCAUCUUUUUCAAAUAAUUCA